CACAAGCUCCGGCGAAGCCUCGAGACUCGAUUCUCCUCCGACCCCUCGAUCCUCUCUCGAUUCGUCUCCGGCUUCAGUUCCUACAUCCAAAACCCUCAAAACCUAAAGAGGGUUUUGAUUCCGGCCUCGAUCAGUGGUGGAUCGGCGAAAGGGGAGAGCCUGGUGCGGUUACUGCUCCUUGUCGGUCCCAUCCAAGCGCAGAUCCAGCAGAUAUUGCUUGAGAAACUUCCAGAACACUUUGAUUCUCCACCAUCUCUCAACCUGACCGAUGACGUGGCCAGGCUUGUCAUUAAUCAGUUCCGGUGGCUGGACUUUAUCGUGGAUUCUGUAGGUUUCACUGAGAAGCUGAUGGAGGUUCUUUCAAUCUCUCCACUUCAGCUGAAAAAGGAGAUCAUUGGGUCUCUUCCGGAGAUUAUUGGUGAUCAGAAUAGUAGUACAGUGGUUGCUGCUCUGGAGAAGCUGCUGCAAGAGGAUUCUGAGGUUAUUGUGCCAGUGCUCGAUUCGUUCUCUAAUCUUAACUUGGAUGAUCAGCUCCAAGAACAGGCUGUGACGAUAGCAUUAUCAUGUAUUAGAACAGUUGAUGCAGAGCACAUGCCCCAUUUGCUUAGAUUUCUGCUCUUAUCAGCGACUCCUGCAAAUGUUGGGAGGAUAAUUCUACGAAUACGUGAGCAGUUGAAAUUCGUGGGAGUGAGUGAUCCUUGUGUUUCCAAGCACAAAAAAUUAAAAGGAAAAUCAUUGGCCAAUAGUACCGAGGCUUCUAUCCUUGAUGCUUUAAGAUCGAGCCUCCGGUUUAAGAAUAUUCUAUGUGAAGCUAUCUUAAAAGAACUGAAGUCCCUCAACCAACCACGUGAUCACAAAGUCAUUGACGUGUGGUUUCUAAUUCUAAUAUAUACAAACGGAGGCUCCCUGCAGAAGCAUGCAGAGAAAAUGUUGAAGAAGAAAAUAAUGGAUGGUUGUUUUCGUGAAACUCUCUUUGAUCAAUGUAUUUAUGGCCAGCGGGAAUUAGUAAAGGAUUAUUUUCCAUCAUUUCUCUCUGUCUGUGAGUGCCUAUUAUCAUGCAAAGAUAAAGAAGCACGAGAUUUUGGUAUUUACCUCUACAAGUUGCUGUUUGAAGAAUUCAGUGAUACCUAUCCAAGGCAAGAAAUCCUUGGUGCGCUAGUCACACAUAUUGGUUCUGCGAUUGCUUUUGAAGUCAGUUCUGCUUUGGAUACUUUAAAUCUUUUGACAUCAAAGUAUUCAGAGGAGCUACUCCCACUCUCUUCUCACAUAAAUGGAAUCUUGGACUACUUGGAAGGUUUCCACGAAGAAAGUCUGCACAAGGUAUAUGAAAUCUUCUGCCGUUUGGCAUUGUCUGCUCGCUCUUGUCCUGAUUCCAACAGUUCUUCCAUUGCAAAUGAACUAUUGAUGAUCAUUAGGAAGCAGGUCAGCAAUUCAGAUAUGAAAUACAGAAAGAUGGGGAUAAUUGGAACUUUAAAGAUAGUGUCCACACUUGGGGAUAUAAAUGCUGCUGCUACUUUCUCAUCGUCUCAGAAAUCAAAUUGUCAAGAGGCUUUGGAGCUAUUGAAAAUGUCUUUAGACUCUUGCGAGAAAACGACAUUGCUGUUGAUACUACUACAUGAUGAACUGAUUGUUUUAUUGGAAUGCAAGACUUUUCAGCCUGCGAUUAUCGAAUGGAUUGGUAAGCAUGUCGGUGAAUUUGAGUCACUGUUUUUGUGUGAUCUUGAGGAAGGAACACUGCCCUUGAAGGACACAUCUAGUGGUAUAAAAGGGGACUUGUGGAUGAACUUGGAUGGUGAUCUUUCUCCUAUCUGCUUGAAUAUCCUGCCGUUACUUUCUGCUCCUUCGCAGAUGUGUUCUUCCUCAUUACAGAUUCUUCCUUGCGAAUUUUUAUUAUUAUCUGCUAUUGAAAGAUUAACAAAUCAAGGUUCUCUUGGUGGAAUUGAUGCGCUUCUCGGCUGUCCUUUACACCUUCCAUCUCCUAAGUAUUUAAUCGGAGGCCACUGGAAGAAUCUGAUGGGACUGCAGAAACAGAUAGUUUGCUUUUCACUCCAUUUUGCAAUAAACUGGACAAGAGAAUUGCUUAAUGCAUUUAUAACUCAAGUCGUUGGCAGAGUUGAUUGCAUAACUCAGACUACUAGAAAUGAGACAAUGAUAAAACUAUUGAAGCGUCUGAGAAAUCUAGUUUUAAUGGAGUGUUUGCUCAAUGCAUGCCUCCAGGAUUAUCCUCUCUCUCUUCCUGAGCUCCACAAUUUCACGAAACCUCCGGACUCUUUUCUCAGGGCUAAUCGCUCAAUGCAAAGGGAAAAGAGGAGCAGUGAAAGAAUGGUGUCUGAGAGUACUUCCCAGGACAACAAGAGGAGAUGCAAAAAAGAUCCUGAGACCUCACAAAAAUCAAAUCCUAAUGAAAAGCUAAGGCAACCUACUAUAAUCAGCGCAUUUAAACGAGCAGGAGUAGUUAUAAGCCAGGAAGUCAAUGAGAGUUCGUCAGGGCAAUCAUCUAACGGAGGGACAUCACAGAGCAUUAAAAAUCAGGAUACUGACUCAACUGAGGCUGGGCCUAUUGAUAUAUCAGCAGAACUUAAAGUCCUCGACAUGCAACGGUUUAAGUUCAGGCCUCUAAACAUUGAGUGCUUUUCAAUGUUGUCCUUUUCGGAGGGUCGUGAUUCCUGUUGUUCAGAUCCUGCAGCUGAGCUCCCGUUGCAUCUUUAUCUUCUCCGUGAUUUCCACAACAAGCUGGAUUACUUGAGUCCUCCAAGCAAACAAUUUCCAGCUAUAUGCUCGGUGAAGGCCUCGCCUGGGUACUGUAGAGUGACAACAUCUGAGUUUCUGAGCAAGAUUAGACCUUUAUUUCCAAGCAUAAAGAAACAUCUAUAUUGUGCAUUUUCUGUUCUUAGGGAUGGAGUUGAAACCUGUGAGGAGCAUUGGACAGCUCAGUCGACUGCUGCUGGAAAUCCAGAUAUACCAAAUCUGGUCUUUUCAAAAGCUUCAGCUGCUACUUUUGUCUUUAAAGAAGUUCUAUGCUGCUAUAGUAAGAUGCUAAGCCUUCCGGAACUAUAUCUUCAGACAAACCAACCAAUUCUCAGGGAUAUGCUGGAAGCAUUCCAGCCAAUCGAGAAGCCUGACAACUUUGUUUCAGGGCUGAACCCACUUCCAACAGUUGGGAACCUGGAUUACUUGUACUGUGGCGUAUAUUCAUCGCUUGAAGAGGUACUGGAAACAGCGUGCUCGUUCUCAUUUUUGCUAGCAGCGGAAGUAUUAUUCACCAUGCAAUCGCUUGUCAACUCAAUUGCAUUGUUGCUUGAAAAAUCUACUGAUGUAAAUGGGAAAAACAUGUAUGGGGGAUCCUUCCAGAGAAUCUUACCUUUUCUGAGAAGCAAGCUUGGUUUGUCUGCCCACAAACUACUUGGGAAUAAUUGGGUUGGUGAGGACAAUGAGAUCGGAGGAAAAAAUAAGGGUGACAUAGUACAGAAGAUACUCCAAAUAUAUCUGAAAAACAGUGAAUCUACAUCUGAUCUCCUUGAUGAGCUAGCAUGCUCAGUAUUGCCUCAGGUGCCUUCAUGCAAAACUGAGAACACCCAAGCUGCUGCCCAUGGAUUUCCAACACUAUGUCCUACCAUGUUUCUUACAUGGUGUCGGGUAUUGCAUGAAGAGAACCUUGAAAUUUUAAACAAGUUGGUCAAGGGAGUUAUUUUGAAAUCUAGAGGAAAUAUCCAAAGGGAAGCUGCAAAAGAUGUCCUGAUAAAACUUCUUCAGUCAGUGAACAUAGUUGUAUCUUUGGUGAAUCUGUGCAAGGUUCAUGACAAGGUAGCUAUGCAUGCUAUGGCAGUCAAAUACGGCGGCAAGUUUGUUGGUACUCUCUUAAAAGCUUUCAACUUCCUAGAAGUCCAUUUCCAGGCUCAUAAUGACAUUAUCAUCCAAUUGGUCAAAGAGCUCCAAAAGGCAACAAGAAUCAUACAAGCCCUUUGUUCUGAGGCUAAGGGUUUGAAACGAACAAUGGUCACCAGCAAGAUCCCUGCAACUAAAAGAUCGAUGGAACGAUUCUUAUUCCACGUUAAGGCUCUUCUUCAUAGCACAUCAAAUGGAUGUACAUUUUGGAUGGGUAAUUUGAAACAUAAAGAUUUGUAUGGCCAAGUAGUGAGCUCGCAAGUGUAUGCUAAUGCAGAAGACGAAACAAUGGUAGGAGGAGGAGAAGGAGAAGCAGCAGCAGCUCACAUGGAUGGGGAACAUGAGGAACAAGAAAAUGAAUCUGCUCGAGAAGAUAAUGUAGGCUGACUAUAACCUAUAGCUCGGUGUCUUUUGAUUUAUGAAUAUUGGUUUAUCUGUCAAAGGAUGUGAGGUUUGGUUUGCUUCAUAUGUGUAUAUACCUUGUACCCUCUACAGAACUGAGUAUCAAGAAAAUCUUGUGCGUGUCACACCAAAUGCAGCAAAAACCAAAAACUUGCUGGUCCUUUUUGCCACUACAUUUUAUAGUUGGAACUAUGUUCUAACCUCUGAAUAAUAAAGUUAGAGCUGCACCUAAA